AUGUCUUCAAUUGCUCGCCAGUUUCGCCCGCGGGUGCUCAUCCGCGCGUCCUUCACAGCUUCGCCUGCGGUCUGCGCACAACCGCAACGGUUCCCCCGCGCAAAGGCCCUGGGCGUCGCAAUAUGCCGCGGCAUCACCACAACGCCGGUCUGCAGGUCCCAGAAGGCGCCGGCGACCAAGAGGGGCGGCUCGAAGCUGUACGCCUCCGCGGACGAAGCCGUAGCAGACAUCAAGAGCGGAUCGACCAUCCUAAGCUCCGGCUUCGGGCUGUGCGGCGUUGCAGACACCCUCAUCGGCGCGCUCAACCGCAGAGGCCCCGAGAACCUGCACUCCCUGACCGCAGUGUCGAACAACGCCGGCCAAGAAGGCAAGGGCGGUCUGGCUAUCCUCACCAAGGCUGGCCAAGUGAACCGCCUGAUUAUCUCGUUUCUUGGUAACAACAAGGCCCUCGAGAAACAGUAUCUGACGGGACAGAUCGGCAUCGAGCUGUGCCCGCAGGGAACGCUUGCCGAGAGGAUCCGCGCCGGAGGCGCUGGAAUCCCUGCCUUCUUCACCCCCACUGGAGCUCACUCGUUAGUACAGAGCGGUGACAUUCCUAUUCGACUGGACCCUUCCGGCGCCGUGAAGGAGCGCGGCCGCAAGAGAGAGUCGAGAGAGUUCAAUGGCAAGACCUACCUCAUGGAGACGGCGUUGACUGGAGACGUUGCCAUCCUGAGAGCAUGGAAGGUCGACACCGCUGGCAACUGUGUAUUCAGAUACACCACCAAGGCGUUCGGCCCCAUCAUGGCCAAGGCCGCCGCCGUCACCAUCGUCGAGGCGGAGAACCUGGUCGAGGCCGGCGCCAUUGACCCCGACAACGUCGACCUGCCCGGCAUCUUCGUCGACCGCAUCGUGCCCUCCACCGCUGAGAAGAACAUUGAGAUACUCAAGACGAGGCCCGACGGCGCCGAUGGCGCGGGCCCGUCGAAACCGCAGAACAGCGCGCAGGAGCGCCGCGACCGCAUCGCGAGACGCGCGGCCAAGGAGCUGCACGAGGGUUUCUACGUCAACCUCGGUGUUGGAAUCCCGACUCUGGCCCCUUCUUUCUUGCCCGCCGGGCGUAACGUCUGGAUCCAGUCUGAGAACGGCAUCUUGGGCAUGGGCCCUUACCCGACAAAGGACGAAGUCGACGCUGACAUCGUCAACGCCGGCAAGGAGACGGUGACGCUCGUCCCCGGCGCCUCGACGUUCGACAGCACCGAGUCCUUCGGCAUGAUUCGUGGCGGCCACGUCGACGUCUCGAUCCUCGGCGCGCUGCAGGUCAGCGCCACGGGCGACCUGGCCAACUACAUGAUCCCCGGGAAGGUGUUCAAGGGCAUGGGCGGCGCCAUGGACCUUGUGUCGAACCCGGACAAUACAAAGAUCGUCGUCGCGACCGAGCACGUCGCAAAGGACGGCUCCUCCAAGAUCGUGCAGGACUGCAGUCUGCCCCUGACCGGCGCCCGUGUCGUGAGUACGAUCAUCACCGACCUGUGCGUGUUCGAGGUCGAUCGCAAGAACGGCGGUCUGACGUUGACCGAGGUGGCGCCGGGCGUCGACGUCGAGCAAGUGCGCGCCAAGACGGACGCGUCGUUCGAGGUCGCCAGUGAUCUGAAGCAGAUGGAGUAA